AUGAAUCUAUCUAUCUCAUCAUUUUCAUUAUCUAUAGUUUUUCAUUUUCUUCAAUUAAUCUAUUAUCUAUCUAUCUAUCUAUUAUCAUUUUCACUAUUCUUUAUUAUAUACUUAUUUCAGUAUUUUCAUUAUUGUAUCUAUUCAUUCUUUUAUCUUUCGAUUCUUUUUCUUUCUUUUAUGUUUCUAAACUAUUCGACAAUUUUCAUUAUUUUCAUUAUUAUCUAUUUUUUUUUUAAUUUUAUCAUCUAUUAUCUAUCUAUUCCUUUCUUUUUCUUUUCACGUAUUUAUGUCAUUAAUUUCAUGUUUUUUCAUUAUUUAUCUUUCUUUCUUUCUUUUUUCUCCCAUUCUUUCUUUCAUUCUUUCAUCUACUUAUAUUCUUUUUCAAUUAUUUAUUUUUUAUCUAUAUAUGUAUUUUUUUAUUUAUUUAUUAUUUAUCUUUCAUCAUUUUAUUAUUUAUUAUUAUAUUUUUUAUCUAUCUUUUCUUUUCAUAUUUCUUUAUCUAUAUAUGUAUUUCAUAUUUUUCCUAUCUUUUUAUCUAUCUAUCUCGUUCAUUUUCUUUUUUCUUUGUUUCUAUCUUUCUAUCUAUUUUUUUUUUUAUUUCUUUUCACUAUUUAA